AUGCCCGACUACCCGGUCAAUGUCAAGACACUACGCGCCUAUAGAAAAGAUCGAACACCUUCUGUGGAGGCUAUAAAAGAUAUGAUGAAAAAACUGGCCACCAUUGAAGAAUCACUAUCUUUUAUGAGUCUACAGUUAAAAGAGAUUUGCUACGAACAAAAGGCUCCUCGGGACCCAGGCGUGAUUUCCAUGAACGACGAUUUGAAUACCAAGAAGGCAUGGGGGUUUGAUAUGGAGAACUACCUGAUCAGCUCUCAUUUUACUGCCUCUCAGAGUAAAAUUGCUGUCAUUCCUCACAUGGAUUCUAGCUAUCGACAGUGGUAUCGAGUAUACAGAACAACUAGCCAGCCAAAAUUAGUUGUUAAUGACCCUUUUUUGUGUUUUUGGAAACAUUUAAUACUAAAUAUGCUAACUUCACAAAAUAAGAUUAAUGCAAGAUUCUAA